AUGAUGAAGCACUUAGUGAUAUUUUAGAAAGACCUAAUAUAAAAAAAACAACUCUCACUGAAUGGUUUAUAGCAAAUAAUGAUCCUACUUAUAGACAUUUAGCUAGAAAACUUACUUAUCCUAACUUCCCUACUAAGUUCAUCUGGAACUCAAAAUUAAAGAAAUGGCAACUUCGGAAAAAAGGAGGUAGUAUUGGUCGUAUAUAUUUCGUACAACCUACAGCUGGAGAAAAGUACUUUCUUCGCAUGCUACUUAAUAUUAGGAAAGGGAUUACUUCUUUUGAACACCUUCGUACAGUAAAUAAUAUUACAUAUAAUACUUUUAAAGAAACUUGCGAUGCAUUAG